AUGUCACCCAUACCUAUUAUCGUGAAGCAUGCGGGCAAACGCCACGAAGUCGAGCUCGAUCCCGAAGCCAACGGCGAAACAUUGAAAUAUCAGCUAUUCUCUCUGACUGGCGUUGAGCCUGACCGGCAAAAGGUGUUGGUGAAAGGUGGCCAACUCAAGGAUGACACCCCCCUGUCCUCCCUCAAGGCCAAACCAGGGCAAACGUUUAUGAUGAUGGGCACGCCGUCCGGAGCUCAAGGUGCCGCUGAUCUCGGCCGUCCUAAGGAGGUUGUGAAGUUCUUGGAGGAUAUGACAGAGGCUGAGGUUGCACAGCAGGAGGGAGCCACUCCUGCCGGUUUACAAAACCUGGGCAAUACGUGCUAUUUGAACUCCACUCUACAAACCCUUCGAAGUGUCCCGGAGCUGCAGGAAGAGCUUCAGCGAUAUCAGUCAAGUGCCGAUUCUGGCCGAUCGGGCCUUGCAGACCUCAGCAGCUUUGGUCUGGGUGGUUUGGGUGGAUCCAGUGAUCUGACUGGUUCUCUUCGAGAUCUAUUCAAGCAAAUGUCCGAAACCCAGGAGGGCAUUCCGCCUCUCAUGUUCGUCAAUGCUCUCCGGACUGUCUUUCCCCAGUUUGCUCAAAGAGAUCGCAAUGGACAUGGCUACGCGCAGCAGGAUGCCGAAGAAGCGUGGUCGCAGAUUGUGAACCAACUGCGCAACAAGCUGACCAUCGCCGAUGGAAACGAGGAUUCCGCAUCACGUGUCUCUUUCGUCGACAGGUACAUGGCCGGCCGGUUUGACUCGGUUACCGAAUGUGACGAUCCCACCGCUAAGGAAGCCGGCGAGGAGCCCACCAAGUCCUCCGAUGUUUUCUUCAAGUUGGAUUGCCACAUUGGAAAGGAAACCAACCAUCUUCAAGAUGGUAUCUUGGCAGGAUUAGAAGAGCAGAUUGAGAAGCAGUCCCCGACACUCGACCGCAACGCUCUUUAUACAAAGCGUUCGCGCAUCUCUCGCUUGCCAAUGUACCUCACCGUCCAUUUUGUGCGUUUCUUCUGGAAGCGUGAGACUCAGAAGAAGGCCAAGAUCAUGCGCAAGGUUACCUUCCCUGCCGAGCUUGAUAUUGUGGAGUUCUGUACCGAGGAGCUUAGGAAGCAACUCGUGCCUGUCCGCGAUAAGGUUCGUGAGAUUCGCAAAGACGAGUUGGAUGUUGAGCGGUCUCGCAAGCGCCAGAAGCUGAACAAUAAGCGGGAGGGGGAUCAGAAGCAAGAGGAAGAGGCGGCGGGAUCUCAAGCAAGCAAAGAGCCGGUGCAGAAGAAGAAAGAGACUACGGAGACCAAGAGCAAGGCAAACGACAAGGACGGUGACACUGCCAUGGAAGAGACCUUCAAAACCGACGCCGAGUACGAGGCCGAAAAGAUGGAAGAGAUCAAGGCUGCCAAGAAAGAACUCUAUGAUCUUAUCAACCAACACUCCUCUUCAGACAGCGGAAACAACCAGUCUGGUCUGUAUGAGCUUCGUGGUGUCAUCACCCACCAAGGUGCCAGUGCCGACAGUGGUCACUACACCGCGUACGUGAAAAAGCAGGCACGCAAGUCGAACGGCUCCCAACCCGGCGACAAGCGCCGUGAGGAGGAGGAGGAGGAGGAGGAUGACAACAAGUGGUGGUGGUUCAACGACGACAAGGUGACUGAGGUUGACGCUGAGAAGAUUGAGACACUCUCCGGUGGUGGCGAGUCCCACUCGGCUCUGAUUCUCCUCUACCGCGCCAUUGAGCUUCCCACCUUGGAGCAGUGA